GUGAAAUCACCAACCUAGUGGAUGGGGCCAUUCGGCAAGCGCCAGUUUACAUUGAACCACGCGUACGGAAUCAUGGCGGCUAGCUUCAGCGUCGAAAAGUGUCCCAAGGAGUACCAGCCUUACAGUUGCAAUCUAUCGGAUCGCGAACGACAGCUAGCCAAAGAGCUGUUGGGUGAAGAUGACACCGUUCGGGAACAAGCUCUCCGGGAUAUUCGGGACUGGAUCGCUAAACACCCGCAUAUUCGAAAAUGUCGGACGGAUCCCAUGUUUCUGUUGCGGUUUCUGAGGGCAAAAAAGUUCAAUUUGACGGAGGCGUGUGAAACCUUGGAGAGGUAUCUCUCGAUGCGACAGGUGUUUAAGAUUUGGUUGGAAAAUCUGGAUCCGGAGGAUAAGUACAUGAAACAGUUGGUGGCCACGGAAGGAGCAUUACCGCUGGGAGUGGACAAACGUGGCCGCAUGGUAGCGUUGGUCAAGGUUCGCAACUUUGACGCCACCAAGUACACCAGCCACCAUUUGGGACGGUUUACCCAUAUGGCACUGGAAGCGUUCCAUGACGACGAACGGGUUCAAAUCGGCGGUGGCGUGGCGAUAGUGGACUGUGAAGAUGCCACUAUGGCCCAUUUCACCCUGUUCAAACUGUCGGACAUAAGGAAUUUUAUGGACUGCCUGAAGCAGGCUCUUCCCGUGCGGGUCCAGGAGGUCCACUUGAUUGGACUACCGCGAAUUGGGGCGGCGCUUGGUGAUCUCAUACUCAAACUAGCCAGUGCUGAGAUGAAGCGUAGAAUCAGUUUUCACGCAACGUUGUCCGAUGCACUGAAGCUGUUGGAUGUGCAACUGCUGCCGGUGGAAUACGGAGGCAGUCAGAGUGCGACGGACGUCACCCAGCGCUUUAGGGAACGUUUGGAUGCUAGCAGGCAAAUGUUGCUACAGCUGGACGAGCUGGACAUUGACGCAGCGCCCUAUGCAGAGCUAUGGAACCAAGGCAAAGACGAGGAUGUGGAGUUUGGAAUGGAAAUUGAUUAGUAAAUCGGUCAUAAUAGCUUAAUUGUUGUGCUUCACUUGCCAGUUGUUUUUUGCACUGCCUAUAAUGGAU